AUGACCUGGAACGUAAACCAUCUGCCCCGCGCCUUCCAACCUACUGCGACCCUAGCGAGGGCUCCGGGACCUGCCCUGGAGACCAGCAGCAGGGCAGUUGAAGAUCAACUAAAGAUAUGUGGCCACAAGAGGGACGCUGAUGUCUUUGAGCUGUUCCUUUCUCAAAAGGAACUGACAGAUGUUAUUGAUCUUUCUAGGUUUAAAAAAUUAAAGUACUUAUGGCUACAUCAUAACAAGCUCCAUGGAAUAACAUUUCUAACGAGAAACUAUUGUCUGACAGAACUGUAUCUAAACAACAACGCAAUCAUUGAUAUAAAAGGCCUGCACUCUCUGCCUUCGCUGCACAUACUCCUGCUGCACCACAACGAGCUAACGGACAUCAGUGCAACCGUGAAGGAGUUAAAGGGAAUGCUGAAUCUGAAGACCCUAAGUCUCUACCAAAACCCUUUUUGCCAAUAUAACCUGUAUCGUUUAUAUAUAAUCUACCAUCUUCCAGGAGUAGAGUUGCUUGACCGAAAUCAAGUUACAGAAAAGGAAAGAAGAUCAAUGAUUACCAUUUUUAACCAUAAAAAGGCUCAUGUUGUUCACUCAAUAGCAUUCGGAGAAAAAGUAGAUGCCUCGUGGAAUCCUAGGUCGCCAUUUAAGCAAAAGCCAGCCCACAGAGUACCUCCAGAUUUUGCAUUUGCGAAUAAUGUAGACAAAACUGUGUUUGAUGACUCAGAAGACGCUGUUUUUGUAAGGUCCAUGAAGAGAUCAUUGGUGGCUAUUACCUUUCUGAACUGGUGCACCGUUCUGAAACGAGAGGAGAAGGGCUUGGAAGGGGAAGGCACAGAGCCGGCGCAAAUGCUCACAAUUACCCUGAGAUAACUCCUGGUGUUUCUAGGAAGCCUCAUGGUUUCCGGUUGCGUAUUAAACUUCUCUGUGACUUAGCAUGUUACAUAUUUA